AUGACGCACGAUUCAACCCUAAGAACUCCUAGUUCUCAUACAGAAGAUCGACAGCUGAAGCGCCGUCCGAGGAAGCCACUAAGCUCUCCCACGGAUGUCCCCUUCACCUUGUCCUUUGGCCCGAGCAGGCCAGUCACCGAACUCCUUGCAGCGCUACCGCCCGACCCCGUGUGCGAGUAUCUUGUCACUCGUUACUUUGCGACACUAUCCCCAGUAUUCCACAUCCUGCAUGGUCCGACAUUCCAGAAACAGUACUGGGCGUUCUUACAAAAUCCCCAACAAGCGGAUCUCUCAUGGCUGGCACUUCUCUACGCCAUUUGUGGAUUGACUCUAAAGACUGUUCCUCCCACCGAUCCCGGUCUGUCAGAGCUAUGGGAAGACUCGUCUACACCCCGGGAUCUUUCCGGCCUAUCACUUCGGUGUCGAGAGGCGGCCAUGAUGUGUCUUUCACAAGAUCAAUUCCUAGUCCGACACAAUCUCAACACUCUUGAAGCACUGUUGAUCCUGAUUCACACCAUUGCGAAUACCGAGGGUGCUGAGUAUGGCUGGGUUCUGCUUGGAAACGCGUUACACAUCGCCAUCGCUCUCCGCUGCCAUAGCAAUGGUGAUGCGUCUAACUUCAUUGAAAGAGAGCGUCGUCGGCGCUGCUGGGCAGGCAUCCUGAUUCUUCACACCGACCAGACACUUCUCUAUCGAGACAUCGAUUUAUCAUCUCUCGCCAACAUGAAAGCCACGAUGCCAGCCGACGCCAAUGACGAUGAGAUACAAGAGCAUGCCAUUUUGACACCACCGGCUCAGGCUUCAUUCCGUCGAGUUACGCACAUGUCGCUGAUCAGGUUCCACUUUCAGCUUUUUCAACUCUCAACGCGAGUUCAUAGUCAUGUGUCUGGCCCUAAUCAGCUGAACGAAGCGGCACUCGGUCCGUUUGACGCCGAAAUAUCAGCGCAGCAACAGCAGUGGGACUCUCUGUAUCUUGUCAAUGGCGCGAGAAGUAUCCUGGAUACUGCGGGUUAUGCGCAUUGGUGCAUUCUGCAGACCUAUGCACAUCAGCUCUACCUGCUUCUCCAUCGACCAUUUCAUCACUCUCGAUCAAGCCGGUUCCGACCUGAGUCUAGAGACAGAUGCGCUCAAUCCGGUUUGGCGUUGCUAGACAUCCAUCGCCAGUUCUUCCAGCUGCCGAGGUUGAAGUGCUAUCGCUGGCUCGUCAAUGGGACAAUCAGCUGCAAUGCCCUUCACGGAGCCGUCGCUCUCACAUCAUGUCUAGUGGACAUGCCCAAUGACGCCGACUUUACCGAGCACUUGGCGGUGAUUGAUGCUGCAGUGGUUCGCUUGGAAUGUCUGAAAAGAAAGAGUCCAGCUUGUUCACAUAUUUACCCCAUCUUGCGCUGCCUACAAUUACGCUUGUCACGAGCCUCACCACCAUCUCCGGCCAGGGAGCUGGCCGAAAGCAGAUUUGAAGACUGGGUUAGCAACGUUGAUUGGUUCAGACCAGAUGCAAUAGAUUGGGACUUCUGGGAUGGAGACUUUUCUACUCCCCAAGCCGAUGAUGAUCUCACAGCCACCACUUAG